AUGACUAUUAAUAAUGGCAAAAAGGAAAAACACUCCAAAAUGCAAUCUCAAAACAGCAUAGAACCUUCUCACCAAGUUGAAGUUUGUAAUAAACAAACAAAAGAGUUAAACAAAAUCUACCCAAUUUAUAAAUUACUUGGAUUUCAAAAUAAACUCAAGAGAUAUAACUAUUUUUCUUUCAAAGAAAAAGCUAAACUAGAUGAAACAGGAAUGCAAUACAAUAGCAAAGAAAUAUCUAAUUCAU